AUGGAAGCUCUUAAACAGUUCGGUCUUUUUCGACGACUCCUCCUCACUCGGUGUUUUCCCAAAUUAUGUCGCCAUGAGUCUUCCGAUGCCGCCCAACGCAUCCGGAACGUGGGCAUCAUGGCUCACAUCGACGCCGGAAAGACCACGACCACCGAGCGAAUGCUUUACUAUGCGGGCUACACGAGUCAUUUGGGCGAGGUCCAUGAUGGUGAUACCGUCAUGGACUACAUGGAACAAGAACGGGAUCGUGGGAUCACAAUCUCAUCAGCGGCCAUCACCUUUCCUUGGAACGAUCAUCAAGUGAAUCUGAUCGACACACCGGGACACGUGGAUUUUACAAUUGAGGUGGAACGAGCUCUCCGCGUUUUGGAUGGGGGCGUGGUGGUGCUGGAUGGAUCCGCCGGGGUCGAGGCCCAAACCAUGACCGUUUGGAGGCAAGCCCAGAGAAAUGGCGUGCCUCGAAUUGCGUUCAUCAAUAAGAUGGACAAGCCCAAUUGUGAUUGGGAUUUGUCGCUUCAGUCCAUUCAGAAGCGGCUCAAUCGAAGACCGCUGUUGAUACAGAAGCCCAUAGGCCAAGGCAAAUCGUUCACGGGUCUGUUGGAUUUGGUCGAGAAAUCUGCAUUGAUUUGGGACUCGUCUUCGAGUGAGAAAUUCGGUCGCAACUACAGGGUGAUUUCCUUCGAUUCCCCGGAAUGUCCGAGGGAUUGGAGUGAGGAAGGUCGUCAAGGCCAUAUGGACUUGAUUGGCCACUUAAGUGACGGACACCCCGACAUUGCCGAGAGAGUGCUCAUGGACGAAUCUAUUUCCAAUCAAUUGCUCAAAACAUCCUUGAGGGCAGAAGUGCUCAAUCCGGAGAGCCAAAAUCUUGUGACGUUAUGCGGCAGUGCCUACAAAAAUAUCGGAGUCCAACCCCUCAUGAAUGGGAUCGUCGAUUACCUCCCCUCCCCUAAAGACAUUCGAUAUCCGUUUCUCAAGAUAUACGGGUCACAUUUCUGUGGCCUCGUAUUCAAGAUCAUCCACGAUCCGAAUAAAGGUGCUCUCAACUUUGUGCGGGUUUAUCAAGGCCGCUUGGAAGAGGGGGCCUCUAUCUACAAUAUGACCCGAGGCACUUCUGAAAAGGUCACCCAACUCAUGGUUGCGUUUGCCGACGAUUUCAAGGCUGUGAGUGCGGUGGAAGCAGGCAAUAUCGCUGUGAUUGGCGGUCUCCGGGAUACUUUCACGGGUGAUACCCUCGUUCCCAGCUCCUCCAAAGCUAGAAACGUGGUACAAGAAUGGGAAAAGAAUCCGCGUGGAUUGGUAUCGCCAUAUCUCUCUGGAAUCUCCGUGCCCAAUCCCGUGUUUUAUUGCUCCAUCGAGCCGAUCGCUGUCAGAUAUCAGACCGCGUUGGAGAAGGCCUUGGCCAAUCUAGUUCGAGAGGAUCCCAGUCUUCAUGUCAACCUGAGCAAAGAGACUGGCCAAACCGUGCUCAGUGGGAUGGGUGAGCUUCAUCUAGAAAUCAUCCGGGAUCGGAUUCUCAAGGAGUACAAAGUUGAAACCGAUCUGGGCGAGCUCAUGAUCGCUUAUCGAGAAACGCCCACCACUAGCUUAAGGCAAACGGUCAAUUAUGCGAAGAAGAUUUACGACACAAACAUCGCUAUUCAGAUCGAUCUCUCGCUUAACGUGGGUGCCCCCAACGAAAUCCAACCUUCCUCAUUCAAGUUCUCCAAAACUAAAGAUGACUCCACUCAAUUGGAGACCCUCAAGGCUUUCCAAAUCAAGGCUAUCUGGAAGGGCUACAACGACGGGAUUGAAUUGGGCCCAAUCUUGGGCUACCCGGUAUUGAACUCGUGUUUCACACUGCAUUCGGUGGAGCUUUGCCGUGAAGCCACGCCUCCCCUCAUCUCUGCCGCCAUGGGCUAUGCUAUGAAUCAGUUGAUGAAGGAGGCGUCCAUGGUGCUGUUAGAGCCUAUAAUGCGGCUAGAUGUGACCGUGGAAAAAGAAGCCAUGGCUGUUUUGAAUCAGGAUAUUCUCCGAAGACGUGGAACUAUCGAAGACACAGAUUUGUUGGGCGAACUCAAUAGCAUGACUGCUUUUGCUCCAUUAGCCGAAUUGCGCGGCUAUUCAAAUCACGUGCGAACAAUCACAUCCGGGAAAGCCUUUUUCGGCAUGGAAUUUAGCCAUUAUGAAGGCAUGACCGAGGCCAAUCAGCGAAAAGCCAUUGAAGAUGUGACUGGAUUUGCGCCCAUGUAGAAAAUGUAUAGUUUCUUUAAAAUAGAAAAAACCCCUUCAAAGCUUAUCGAGAUCCUCCUGUGAUUUUGGAUCGCCUUAUAUUGCAGA